AUAUAGAAAGGAAAGAAAGAUUUUCGACGGAAUCCUUGCGGAUAAGGAUGGGUUUAUUGUGGCGUUACUCCGUUGAGUAGCGCGAGUGUCGAAGUUCUGUUUGACAACAAACUAACCAAGGGGGGUAGUACAACACGAUAUAAAAGGAAGCAUUGAAUCUUGGAGAACGUUCUCAGUUUUCCACGAGACUCAUUUUUAGGUUUUAGUUACUGUUUUCAUUCCAAGGCAUUCCAGAAUCCACCGUUCUGCUAACGUCAUGGCACUGAAUAUCCAGCAAGUUUUAAUUAGCGAUCCAGUUGACCCAAUCUGUUCGAAGAUCCUUCAAGAUUACGGUAUGAACGUCACCUACGCUCGUCAGUGGACGAAAGAGCGACUUCUCCAAGAAAUUCAGAAUUAUGAAGUAUUGAUUGUCCGUUCCGAAACGAAAGUUACUGAUGAGGUACUGGCAGCAGCUACUAAAUUGCGUCUGGUGGGUCGGGCUGGAACCGGACUGGACAAUGUUGACAUUGCGGCCGCCACUCGUCGAGGUGUUCUCGUCAUGAAUACACCUGGCGGAAAUACGAUGAGCGCAGCCGAACACACCUGCGCCAUGAUUGCUGCUCUCAGUCGGCACAUUCCACAGGCUUGUGCUGCCCUUAAGAACGGAAUCUGGGACCGAAAGACAUACAUGGGUAACGAACUGCAUGGCAAAACGUUAGCUAUUCUCGGUCUGGGACGUAUUGGGCGUGAGGUGGCGAUCAGGAUGCAAGCAUUUGGCAUGAAGACUAUCGGCUAUGAUCCGAUGAUUGAAAAACAAGCUGCAGCUGAAUUCGGUGUUGUCAAACUGGAGCUGGAAGAUAUCUGGCCAUUGGCUGACUACAUCACCGUUCACACACCUUACAUGCCGCAAACACACCAUCUUAUCAGCACAUCAGCGUUGAUGCGUUGCAAGUCUUCCGUGCGGAUUAUCAAUAUUGCUCGUGGAGGUAUUGUCGACGAGAACGCAUUACUGGAUGCGCUCAACUCCGAUAGUUGCCAAGGUGCUGCGUUGGACGUCUUUGUUCAAGAACCUCCUAAAGAAGGCGCGACCACCUGGCAAUUGAUUCAGCAUCCCCGCGUCAUCUGCACCCCGCAUCUGGGCGCAUCAACGGUCGAGGCUCAGGAACGAGUCGCUCGUGAAAUCGCAGAACAACUCAUCGAUUUGGUCGAGGGCCGACAAGCAGUCGGCAUCGCUAAUGCACCCAAUCUUGCCCUUUCUAUGGUGGAACGCAACAAACCAUGGAUGCAGCUAGCCCAAGCUUUGGGACACCUGGCCAAUUCUUUAGCAGAAGGAAGUCUUGACCGAUGUCCAUCCGGCAGCGAAACGUCCGUCGAAUUGAUAUGUUGUGGCGAAGGGACGGAAGACGUCAAUUUGCUAGCCAGCUCUGCCUUGGUUGGCCAUCUGAAUGGCAUGAAAGCCAAUGGUAUCAAUAUUAUCAACGCCGCAAUCCUAGCUCGUGACAUUGGAGUAACCAUCAGUGCCCGUCAUGUUGGAUCGUCCAAAUAUCUGUCAAUCGUCCAAGAUCUAGAAAAGCUAUUGCAGUUGACAGUCGCUCGAGGACCUUUCAAUAUUCAACUGAUUGGCAGCGUUCAAGGAAGCAACCCAGUCUUGUAUGCCAUCAACGGUUGCUGGUUCCCGUUUGGCGCGACACUUUCGGGUAACGUGUUGCUCUUCAACGGCAAACAACCGGAUACGACGUUGACAGCGUUGAUGGGUGCCUUGGCAGCGUCGGGAGUUGGCGUUUCAGCUGUGAUGUGCACACCUCCUGGAGCUUCCUGUUGGUUGGCCUUGCGUACGGCCGAUGUCUUCCAGAACCCGCAAAAACUCAACGGGCCCGACGCCACCUUUAUCGCCCAAUUAAUGUUCUAAUAUCAGCUUUCACGGUAGGAUCUAAAAAAAUAGUUUGCUUGCCAUAGAGCCUACGCCUUUCUGAAUUCUUAAAAGUACAAUUUUACGAGAUAAGCUCAAUA